UCGUGUCAAAAUGUGUGACCAAAACUUUGCAAAAAUUAAAAAGUGGGUGGAAGUCGCACUCAAACAAUACGAUAUAUUUAACUAUGAAAUAGAAAUUGAAGGUCAAACUGAUAAAGGGGAUGGUUUCGCUGGCGAUAUCAACUUUAUCAAGGUAUUCGGCCAUACCAAAAGUGGCGCAAAGAAAACCAUUUACCUCGCCACAAAGUCGACAAAAGACAAUGAAAAAGUGAGAGAGAAAGCUCCCCUGAAAGAAGCUUCUUUUAAAGAGAUUUUUGUUUACGACAAAGUGAGGCCAACUUUUCAGAAAUUUCAGGAAGAAAGGGGUGUAGAGAAAUGGAUUGAUAUUAUGCCUUACUGUUACGCCACUGAUGUGUCCGACAACAGCGAAGUUCUGAUUUUUGAAAAUUUACGAACUGAAGGCUUCCAGCUGUGGAAUAAGAGCCUUCCCAUGACCAUUCGACACAUUCAGUUGGUUUUAGAAGCGUACGGAUGGUGGCAUGCACUGUCAUUUGCUUUAAAAAUACAAAAACCUGAUGUUUUUAAAGAAUUGGUUCGAGAUAAUGUCAAUAUGUUUACCUAUGUCCUUACUGAAAUGAAAUUUGAUGUUAUUAUGGAACGCGAAUUCCAAAAUGCAAUGGCUCUUAAUGAAAAUGACCUUGAUAUUUUAAAGCACGUGGACUACUCUGAAGAGGACGUUAUGUAUGCUUUCAAAGAUAUGUAUUUUGAAGAGGCGGAUUACCACGUGAUAUUACAUGGAGAUUGCUGGAACAACAAUUUUUUGUUUAAAUCUUUGGACGACAAAACAAAUCCAUCAGCUGUUCGUGUUCUUGAUUGGCAAUGCUCAGGUCUGGGAUCGCCUGCAUUUGAUUUAUCACAUUUUAUCUACUCUUGUGUUGACACCGAGAAAUAUCCAGAUGUUAAGGAAUUACUGAAAAUUUAUUACAAUAAUUUUACUAAAUAUUUAACUUUGUUGGGCUGUGACCCUGAAAAAGCAUUUUCGUUUGAAAAACUGAUUGAGCACUGGAAGAAAUUUUCUCGCUUUGGGUUAUUUUUAAGUUGUUUCGUUAUAAGAGUGUGUCUAAUGGAGACCAGUAAAGUUCCAGAUUUUACAGAAAGUAUAGAUAAAGAUGAAGAUUUAACCGAAACUCUAAGCUUUGGAGUCUCCACAGAUCAAGAGCAUCUUCGACGGAUUAGAAGUAAUUUUAUACAUUACUGUAAAAAUAGUACACAAUAAAAAUAUUUAGAAACACUA